AGAGAAGCAGCAGGAGCUGCAAGAGAAGCUGCAAGAGAAGCAGCAAGAGCUGCAGCCGCAGGCCGGGAGGCAGCGUCCUGGGCCGGGGAGCAGGGAGCAGCUGGAAACUUUCCCAGCGGCAGCAGGAGCAGCAGAAGUGUGAAAAAUGUUGAAGGCCGUAUUGAAAAAGAGCAGAGAAGGAGGAAAAGGAAGCAAAAAAGAGACAGCAGGAGACUUCUGUUCAGAGAAUGCAUCCCAGGUUGUCACUACACCUGGCCACACUGCAGAAUUUUCCAUUGGUCACCUCCCUGUGGCGGAAGACCCAUACAGAGCAAGCUUGGCUAAAGGAGUCUCUAUGUCUCUGCCUUCAUCACCUCUGCUGCCACGCCAAUCUUAUCUGAUGCCAUCAAGAUCAAGCAAAAAAUCCCCAGGUCCAAUCAGGAAGCCCAAGUACGUGGAAAGUCCCAGAAUACCAGGAGAUGCAGUUAUAAUACCAUUGAGAAAAGUGUCAGAGACAACAGAGCCCAGUCAGAAUGAGGCAAAGCCGGACCCUGACUCGAGCUGUUCGCCUGCAGCCCAAGAGUUGUUGACGAGGCUGGGAUUUUUACUGGGAGAAGGGAUUCCGAGCCCUGCACACAUAGCCAGAGAAGAAAAGAAUGAAACCAUGUGCACAGCCGCCAGCCAAGGAAUCAGCCCUUGCUCUACCCUAACAAGCAGCACCACAUCACCUAGCACUGAUAGUCCCUGCUCAACCCUGAAUAGCUGUAUCAGCAAAACGGCUGCCAGCAAAAGUCCCUGUGGGACCAUUAGCAGCCCAAGCUCCACGCUGGAAAGCAAGGACAGUGGAAUUAUAGCCACGAUCACGAGUUCAUCGGAGAACGAUGAUCGAAGUGGCUCCAGUUUGGAAUGGAGUAAAGACGGAGGUCUGAGAGCCGGACCUGCCCCGGGACUUCUCCACGACCGAAGGGUUGAUAAUUGCUCGCCCGUCGCCGAAGAGGAGGCAUCUGGGCCGGUGGACAGUUUGCCAAAGAUGGAAGCGGCUGUUGGAGAAGGCCCCAUCCCGUAUACCCAGAGUUCUGGCUCCCUAAUUUUGCCUCGGCCUAAUUCCGUUGCAGCAACAAGCUCCACCAAGUUAGAAGAUCUGAGCUAUUUAGACGGACAGAGAAAUACCCCAUUGCGAACCUCGAUUCGAUUGCCGUGGCACAAUACUGCUGGAGGUAAAGUACAACAAGAAAUUAAAGCACGCUUUGUCCCUUACAAGCCACAAGACAUUUUGCUGAAGCCCUUGUUGUUUGAAGUGCCAAGCAUAACGACAGAUUCCGUGUUCAUUGGAAGAGAGUGGCUCUUUCAGAAGAUAGAAGAAAACUUAAAGAAUUCUGAGCUGGUGGAAAGCAGGGGUGCAGUUAUCGUUGGAAAUGUGGGAUUUGGGAAGACAGCAAUCAUUUCCAAACUGGUGGCACUAAGUUGCCAUGGAAGUCGCAUGAGACAGAUUGCUUCCAGCAGUCCCAGUUCAAUCCCCAAAAGUUCUGACUCCUGUCAGGAGAUCCCGUUUACCCCAUUGUUUUCACCAAGUCCUUCCAGCAGUGGCACCAACGCAGUUAAAACUCUGAGUGGUCCAACUACUCCCGAGCAUCAGAGGCCCCCAGAGGAAGCGGUGAAAGACCUCGCGUCAAAGGUUGUGGCCUAUCACUAUUGCCAAGCUGACAACACCUACACAUGCCUCGUCCCGGAGUUUGUGCACAGCAUUGCUGCCCUGCUCUGUCGGUCCCACCAGCUAAUGGCCUACAGAGACCUCCUGAUAAAGGAGCCGCAUCUUCAGAGCAUGCUCAGCCUUAGGUCAUGCGUUCAGGACCCUGCGGUGGCCUUUAGGCGCGGCGUGUUGGAGCCCCUUGCAAAUCUAAGAAAUGAGCAGAAAAUUCCCGAGGAAGAAUACAUUAUUUUGAUAGAUGGCUUAAAUGAAGCUGAAUUUCAUAAGCCUGAUUAUGGAGACACACUUUCUUCAUUUAUUACCAAAAUUAUUUCUAAAUUUCCUGCCUGGUUGAAGUUGAUUGUGACCGUAAGAGCGAAUUUCCAGGAAAUAAUAGAUGCAUUGCCCUUCUCCAGAAUUUCUCUAGAUGACUUUCCAGAUAAUAAGGAGAUCUACAACGAUCUGAAUGCAUAUAUUCAGUACAGGGUCAAUAGCAGCCAGGAAAUCGUCAGCAACAUCUCUCUCAACGGAAAAGCGGACGCGAUCGUAAUCGGGAAAGUGAGCAACCACCUCAUCAUGAGGAGCUUGGGCUCCUACCUCUACUUGAAGCUGACGUUGGAUCUCUUCCAGAGAGGGCAUCUGGUGAUCAAGAGCGCGAGCUACAAAGUGGUGCCGGUGUCUCUGUCGGAGCUGUACUUGCUGCAGUGCAAUAUGAAGUUCAUGACCAAUUCGGCCUUUGAGCGAGCACUUCCCAUACUCAACGUGGCUCUGGCCUCUCUACACCCAAUGACGGAUGAGCAGAUUUUCCAGGCGAUCAAUGCCGGCCACAUCCAUGGGGAGCAAGAGUGGGAAGACUUUCACCAGAGGAUGGAAGCGCUUUCCUGUUUCCUCAUUAAAAGAAGGGACAAAACCCGCAUGUUCUCCCACCCCUCUUUCCGGGAGUGGCUAGUUUGGAGAGCUGAUGGGGAGAACACUGAUUUCCUGUGUGAACCCAGGAAUGGGCAUGCUCUUUUGGCAUUUAUGUUCUCGCGCCAAGAAGGAAAGUUGAACCGUCAGCAGACCAUGGAACUUGGGCACCACAUUUUAAAGGCCCACAUUUUUAAGGGUUUUAGUAAAAAAACUGGAAUUUCUUCAAGUCACCUUCAAGCACUGUGGAUUGGGUACAGUACCGAUGGAUUGUCUGCUGCCCUCGCUUCUUUAAGAAAUCUUUACACCCCCAAUGUGAAGGUGAGCCGUCUCCUGAUCCUGGGGGGAGCCAAUGUGAAUUACCGGACAGAAGUGCUGAACAAUGCCCCAGUGCUGGGUGUCCAGGCCCACCUGGGCCAUGAAGAGAUGGUUACUCUCUUGUUGGAAUUUGGAGCCCGCCUAGAUGGGGUGUCAGAGAAUGGCAUGACUCCACUCUGCUAUGCAGCGGCCGCGGGGCACAUGAACAUCGUCUCCCUGCUCUGUAAAAGGGGUGCACAGACCGAUCACCUGGACAAGAAGGGCCAAUGUGCAUUAGUACACAGCGCUUUACGGGGACACUGUGACAUCCUGGAGUACUUACUGAACUGUGAUUGGGCAGCAAGUUCACAUCAACCAAACGCGAUAAGAAAAAGCCAGACGCUUCAACAGGCGUUGACGGCAGCUUCCAGCAUGGGGCACAGCCAGGUGGUCCAGAAGCUGCUGGGAGUGGAAAGGGAACAUGAAAUAGAAGUGAACAGCACAGACACGUUGUGGGGCGAAACAGCCCUGACGGCCGCCGCGGGACGAGGGAAGCUGGCAGUGUGCGAGCUGCUGCUGGAGCGUGGAGCGGCGGUGGCCCAGGCCAACAAGAGGGGUGUCCUGCCCCUGUUCUGUGCCGUGCGGCAGGGCCAUUGGCAGGAUGGAAUCUCCGGACCCCAGUGCGCCAUAGAGAUCGCCAGGCUCCUGUUGGAACACGGCUGUGAUGUGAACCUAAGUGACAAGCAGGGCAGGACUCCACUUCUGGUGGCUUCUUGCGAAGGGCACUUGGAAACCGUGGAGUUCCUGCUUUUGAAAGGGGCAGCUAUUUCUUCCUUGGAUAAAGAAGGGCUUUCGGCCCUGAGCUGGGCCUGUCUGAAAGGCCACCGGGAAGUCGUCCAGUAUCUGGUGGAGCAAGGGGCCUCGAUAGACCAGAUGGACAAGAACGGACGAACCCCCUUGGACCUGGCAGCGUUCUACGGGGAUGCUGACAUUGUGCUGUACCUUGUGGAGAAGGGUGCUGUCAUUGAGCACGUGGACAACAGUGGCAUGCGUCCCCUGGACAGAGCCAUUGGCUGCAGAAACACUUCAGUGGUGGUCACACUCCUACGGAAAGGAGCCAAGUUAGGAAAUGCAGCCUGGGCGAUGGCCACAUCCAAACCUGAUAUUUUGAUUAUACUUUUGCAGAAGUUAAUGGAGGAAGGAAAUGUGAUGUACAAAAAAGGGAAGAUGAAAGAAGCAGCCCAGAGGUACCAGUAUGCCUUAAGGAAAUUUCCUCGGGAAGGCUUUGGAGAAGACAUGAGAGCUUUCAACGAGCUGCGCGUUUCUCUCUAUCUCAAUCUGUCACGGUGCCGCAGGAAAACAAAUGACUUCGGCAUGGCUGAAGAAUUUGCUUCCAAGGCACUUGAAUUGAAACCGAAAUCCUACGAAGCCUAUUAUGCCAGAGCGAGAGCUAAGAGAAACAGCAGGCAGUUUGUGGCAGCGCUGUCUGAUUUGCGGGAGGCUGUGAAGCUGUGUCCCGCCAACCAAGAAAUCAAGAGGCUCUUGGCUCGGGUGGAAGAGGAAUGCAAACAGCUCCAGCGGGCCCAGCAGCAGAAGCAGCAGUGCCCUCCACCAGUCCUCCCCAACGACUCGGACAACGAGGAGGAGGCUGUGGACCCGGCAGUGAACGAGCACUUUGACCCCGAAGAGGCCGAAGAGGAAGAAGAGACGUCCCAGCGCGAGGACCCGUACCUGCCGGCCCCCAGGCCUCAGCGCGGUCCGGCCCCGUCCCUGUUCGGCAGAGCCCCCCAGGAGGGAUCGCAGCAGAAGGCGAGGCCCGCGUCGCCCCAGAAGAGGGCCGGGAGCAAGUACGCCAGGGAACCGGUUGCUCCGUCAGGCCUGGUCGUGCAACCCACCAAGCAGGCCCAGAUAGUGAAAACCAACCAGCACCUGACGACCGGCCAGACGGGCGUAAGGAGUGGAACGGGCCCUGGGGGCACAAAGAGCCCGGUCCCUUCGCAGAUUCUUCCGCCCAGUUCCUUGCCGGGCCGAUCUCCCGCAGCUCCGGCUAACUGUAGAAGCCAGCGUCCGGAGGGGACGGGCACUUUGGCCGCAGGCUCCAGCGCCGGCCCGUUCGGCGAGCGGCAGACCCCCGGCCAGAACGCCCACCUGCAGCGGGGUGACGCUGGGUCCACGCACCCUUUCCCAAACAACGUUAAGAACCCCGAGAGGUUAAAGGGCCACGUUCCCUUGGCCGUGGGCAUCGCCCCGUCCAGCCAGGGGCUUCCCGGGAACUGCAGUGAAGCGAGGCAUCCGGGGUCCUUGGCCAGUCCGUUCCCUUCCGGCCCGCCGGCCGGCAGCAUGAAAACGUCCAGCUCGACCCAUAGCUUAGCUUCCAGCGGCGGCUUUUCGGACAUCGCCAAGGCCCCCGGACCUGAUGCUCGAAUCAAAGAUAAGGCGGCUAAUCAGGCUCAGGGAGGUACGGCGGAGCACAGACCCCGCAACACCCCGUUCAUGGGCAUCAUGGACAAGACGGCGAGGUUCCAACAGCAGGGCAACCCGCCAAGCCGCGGCUGGCCCGGCCCGGGGGCCGAGGGCCUACUGAUAAACGCUUCUUCUGCAGCCGGUCUGCAGCCCUCGAACUGUGAACAGCUCCCUGUCAAACAGGCAGGUGGCUACAGUAGCCAAGCUAAAACUUGCGCUCCCGCUCCCGGGGGGAGCGUCCACAAUGGGACCCAGUCAAAAGAACCGGAGGAGAACAAAGGCCAAAAGCCCGGCCUUUGUCCCGACAGCAGGACGUCUAAAACGGUGUCUCACGCGUAUCCGGAGAAUAGCUCCAAAGCACAGGCUCACGUUGGUAAGGAAGCCCACCUGAGUCACAUCACUUCUACAAAGCCAAAGCGAUCUUUCAUAGAAUCGAAUGUCUGAGUCACACCUUGCACCGGGAUCAACCGUUUCUUCAAACGUAGAAUAAGUCACUUAUUGGUUCGUGCUGUUACUGAGAGGGGGGACAAUUUGUUGUAAAUUGGGGAUUUCUUUUUGACGGGGAACAUGUCCAUCACCCAGGGAUAGUGUGAAAAUAUGGGACAAAACCACUUUAUUGAGAAGCUAGACGAUCACCAAGAAUAGGAAUGUUAACUGGAAUGUCGUCGGUAGAAAGGGUUGCUCUGCAGACAGAUGUGGUUAGCAGUAUUGUAGUUUCACAAAGUGGGUGGUUUCGAAAGAGAUUCUUUCUCUUGCCAUCUCUUUUCAGUGGGAGGUCUCUGUUCAUAACUCUUUCUGCCGUAAGUACUUUCUCCUAGCCUUCUGAUAUAGUACAAAUCAGCUUUUGAAUAAGAAACAUAUCUUUUUCUCCCUGUCAGUGUUGGAUUCCCAGAGGUGGAAUGAACACUACAUAACAUUCAGGUCUGUAGACUGCUUCCUGAAAAGAUAAGAGUACUCUGUAUUUUCAGGUCCAUUUACAGGUUAAUUUGGGAUUGAUUUUGGCCGUGAGGGUCUCUUUGGAAGUCCCUUCAAGCUGAAUUCAUCCGUAAACAGCCAUGUUUGGUUUAGACGUGUAAAUAUUACUUAGAAUUGCAUGCAUUUUUAUAAAGCUUCAACCAUGCUGGUUAUUGCACUGAAUAAUAUAUUAUUAUUGGCAUGUUUAAUAGUAUACCAGUAACCGCACUUUACAUAGUUUAUUAUAAACACCUUUGAGGUGCUACUUUAGUCCAAGAUAAUGUUAUUGUUCAUCCAUGGAGAUAAGGUACAGGAAUGAAAUUUUUUCUUUUACGACGUUUUUAUAUGAAACAUGUUAUAUGUUGAGGAUAUUAAGAUGACAGUUUGAGGGAGAGGUGUAUGUGCAUUUGUUUUAUAUAGGAUGGGGCAUAAGAAAUUUAUUUUCCAGAGUUUGGGAGAAGAAAGUUCUAUAUUUGCAAGAGUGUUUUCAAAAUGAAUAGUUGUAAUGAAAUUCCUGUGAGCCUAAUUAAGGUUUGUUUUGUACAAGUUGGACUAUUCGGGUGUUAUUCUUCAGCAUCUGUUCCUGUGUGCAUACAGCGUAUACUUUGUAAAAACAGCCUUAUCCAUUUUUAUAAGCUCUGUUGAGUCUGCGUAUGAUUACUCUUGCUUAUUUAUUGUUUCCUGUUUCCUUCAGUAUUUGUACAAGUCUUAUUCUUUUGUUCUGUAGUUCUGUUUUUGGCACAGCUACUGUACUUUCCAUAUGGAAUAAAAACGAUUAAUGUAA